UAUUUCAGAGUGACAUGAUGUGAGUGUUGAAGACAACCAUGGAUGAUGCCAUACUCCAAUGGGUGUGUAGUCUUGCCACUGCAUUCCGCCAGUCUGCUCAUCUCCUCCUUGAUCAGCAAUAUAAGCUUUUAUUAGACACGUGGUCACUUGGAGAAAUUCAAGAAGCAUUUAGUUUAAUCCUUGAGAUAGAGCAGCACACUAACUUCCAUGUGCUGCCUCCCAACCACCGCCAGCACUCCGCAAUCCCACACCUUCAGUUUAUUUAUGACCGUCUACAGAAGAUCUUUGGUUUAAGACUGUGGGCUAAAGUUGGACAAAGUCUUCCACAGAAUGAAACUAUAAGUUUACGCUGCUUCCGGAACUUACAAGCUCUGGAGUUAUUGCACAUUCCUGUGACCAGCCUCAAAGCCCUCCAAACCCUGCGGCCAACACUGCGAUCAGUAAUAAUAGUUAAAGGACUAACACGACUUAGUGAUCUGUUCAUCCGUUGUGGUGCUGAUAAGGCAGGAGAGUUUGCAUGGGAGCAACUGCAGGAAGCUGUGUUGGCUCACAACUCAUUGUACAGUUUAGACCACAGCCUUAGUCUCCUGCCAAACCUUAAGAUACUAGACUUAAGCCAUUGUGAACUGGAGGAUGCCUCAGCUCUGGAGUACCUCCCUACUGUGUCGUUAUUAGACCUGAGCCACAACCAACUACGGCUCCUUCCCCGUCUCUCUCCUACUGCUACCUACUCUCUUAUAGUUCUCAUAGCCAAUAACAAUCUUUUUUCUCACAUAAGUGGUUUACAUGAAAUGAAUAACAUUGAGGAGCUGGAUCUGAGGGACAAUGUAUUAAGUUUGAAGGAAGCGUUGUCACCCAUUGGUGCCUUACCUCAUAUUAGAGUGCUCAAGAUAAGUGGUAACCCUAUCACAUGGGACCUCAACUACAGAAGUCAAAUUAUCAGACAGCUAAAUCCUGCUACUGCCAAUCACAAGGUUGUGUUUGAUGAUGUGCCUCUAACAGGUCAAGAAUAUGAUGAGGUUGGGAUGCAUGCAGUGCCAGCAGGAUCCUCUUACUCCCCAGAACUUCUUUCAUCCCUCUCCUCCCUUUGUUCUCCAGUGAAUCCAAUAAGUCCAGCACAUGGACUAAUCUCACAGCCUCUGUAAUCACCUGAAGAGGCAGAUCUGAUUCAGCUAGAUCCAGUAGACUCCCAACCAGCAAGUUUAGUUAAUGAUUCAGCUCCUGUAUCACUCAAAAACUCAGGUUUGGUUGUGUUCUGCUCUUGGCAUUUAGAUUGUAUAUCAUCUGGGUAUUUAAGAAUUGUCUGUUAUGUUUUACUUUUGCAUGAUUUUUAAGUGGUGAUGAAUUCUUUUAAAUCCUUUACACAUAAAGAUGGUGCAUCACAACCACUCUAGAUAUUAACAGUAGUGUACAGUGUUAUGUGAGUGAAAUGAUGUACAAAAUUUCAAUUUGAAUACAUAAGAAUUUAUGUAUUUCCUUAUUAUUACUUCUGGUAAGGAAUCAUACUCAUAUAUACAAGAGGCUGUUAUAAUUUUAUAAUCACCACCAACCUGAUAACUGACUGAAGUAUUAAUUUAUGCUCAUUCAUCCCUCUGGUAAUAAACAUCACCCUUGGCUGUGAAACUUUCUUAUAUUUGACGUAGAUUUUUGGUGCUCAAUGCAAAUACUUCUCUGUUACCGUCUAGUAGAAGUUUUCAUGCUAAAAAUUUUAUAAUUGUUGCCCAUGCUUGGAAGGCAAGGACAGCUGCCAGUGUGUCCCUUUUUAAUAUUCAUCAUACCUGAAUGUCAUCAAACUUACGUCAAGUAGAGGAUGCAAAGGAGACCAUUGCCUCUAUUUUCAUGUACAGUGCUUCUCUUGGGGGUACAUGAUAACAAAUUUUAACUAUCUCGAUGAGCAUGGUUUAUAUGGAAGAUUCUCCUCUCAGAUUCAGAAGAGCUAACUCUUAACUAUGUUGGAUUAAAACUUAAUAAAGUUUACCUUUGAAGUAUUUUAGGAGCAGACGAAUGUCAACUGUCUUUUGA